AUAGAACUCAUAUUUCUGGAAUCUUCUUGAACACGUUUGCCUGUUUCGCACACGGGCUGCAUUUCAGUUGGAUUAGCUCCGCGACGACUGAGAGACUGGUGAUUAGCUAUGGUAUGCAUUUCUCUCUUCAUCGAAACCCUGGAUUUUCCGUCUCAGAUCACUGAAUUUUCUAUCCUUUCAAAGAAAAGAGGCCUUUCCUUGGAUGAGAAACGAGAGAAAAUGCUGCAAAUCUUUUAUGAAUCACAAAACUUCUUCCUUUUAAAGGAGCUUGAGAAGUUGGGUCCUAAGAAAGGUGUGAUUAGCCAGACUGUAAAAGAUGUUGUCCAAAGUUUGGUGGAUGAUGACCUUGUUUCAAAAGACAAGAUAGGGACUUCUGUAUAUUUUUGGAGCCUUCCUAGCUGUGCUGGGAACCAGUUAAGAAAUGUGUAUAAGAAGCUUGAGGCUGAUCUCCAAUCCAGUAAAAAGCGGCAUGUGGAACUUGUUGAACAAUGUCAGAAUUUGAAGAAAGGACGUGAGGAAUCAGAUGAACGAGAAGAGGCGUUGGAGGAGUUAAAAGCUACUGAACAGAAACACAAGGAGUUAAAGGAAGAAUUGGCACAAUAUGCAGACAAUGACCCAGCUACUGUUGAAACAAUGAGGAAUGCUGUUCAAGUUGCUCAUGCAGCAGCCAACAGAUGGACAGAUAACAUCUUCACACUGAGACAAUGGUGUUCUAAUAACUUUCCUCAGGCCAAAGAGCAACUCAAUCAUCUAUACAGUGAGGUGGGAAUUACAGAUGACUUCGACUAUGUGGAGUUGCCAGCGGCAGUACCUCAUCCUCCUGUUGGAGAUCAGAUAGCAAGUGACUCCGUUUAGGUGGUUCUCAAGAACUUGCUUUAUGUUCAAGCACACUUAUUACAAACGCAAACCACCCUCCCCCAGCUCUUGGGAGUUGAGGCCUCAGCUAAGUAGAGGGCAUGAGUUUCUAUUGCUCCGUAUCUGAUAUGAUAUUGCUACUGAAUGUAUAUGUAUAAACCUUGAUUUAGUCAUUUAAAUCGAUGCCAGUAGAUUAUAGUUAUGCUUUACAGUCAGCAAGACAAGUAUAUUUGUGCUUUUUCAAGUAUAGAAGAAUGAAGUGGACAAAUCACAUUAUUAUUUUUAAAAUACAAUUUCAAUUAGAUGGU